UUCGUCAUGUCUACUGGACCCUCCCUCUCCCGCCGCUCCUCGCUCGCCGACUACAUCUCUGCGAUUCCGCGACCUCGUCUUGCCAGCCUUCGCUCUCGCAAGUCCACCGCCUCUAUUCGCGUCGACCCUUACACGCCGUACGCCGUAUACCAGCAGAAGAUGUUCCCCGCCAUUCUUCGCGACGCCGAUGCCACGCAGCUGCUGCUCGAGGCGAUUCUUGACACGCCCGGCGGACGCCGCUCUGUGUCGCGUCUCGCACGCACCUGCAAGGCGUUCAAGGAACCAGCGCUGAACGUCCUCUGGCGGGACCUCGACUCGCUCACGCCGCUGCUCGGGCUCUUCCCGAGCACGAUCCUCAGACGCGCCCGCCGGCCGGGCCUGGGUCUGACGAAGGCGCCCGAGAGGCAGGACUGGGCCCGCGUGCUCGCGUACGGCGAGCGCGUGCGCAGCGUCUCGUACGUCGAGAGCUCAGGGAACAUCCACCCCUCGAUCUUGCCCCUGCUCGACGAGAACAAGCCCGUCGCGCACAUCCUGCCAAACCUCACCACGCUCACGUGGAAGGCCGAGUCUGUGGCCAGCCUCGAGCGCUGCCGGAUGUUCCUCGGUCCGCGCGUGCAGGGUGUCACCCUCGAGGUGGGCACGCGCAGCGCGAAACUGAACGAGCUCCUCGAGGAGAUCGCGGGUCACCGUGGGCUGUCCGCCUUCUCGUUCACGCUGCACACCAACCUGCCGGACGACUUCACGGAGACGUUUGCACAGAACGCGGCGCUCGAGAAGGUCGCGCUCACUGCGCCCGGCGCACUCGCGCCGAAGAUCGGCAAGUGGGCUUCUACGCUGCCGGAGCUCAAGACGUUCGCGGUCGACCUGUCCGCGCGCACGACGACCGCCGUCGAGGGCUUCUUCGAGGACAUCAGCCCCGGCUCGGGGUACUCGACGCCGAGCUCUGUCGGCGGCUCCAACAGCGACAGCGGCGUGUUCUCCGGGGACGAGGUCGACUUCACCGAGGCACGCAAGGCGGCGGUGCGCCUCACGCGCGACGGGCCACGCCGUGGUGCGUUCGCGAAGCUGAGCAACCUCACGCUCACGGGCGAUGCUGCCAACCUGGCCACGUUCCUCAAGCACCUUACAAGCCCGCUCGUGCAGCUCGACCUCGUCAUGGAGGAUCCGCCCCCGGCGCUCGACUGGCACGAGGUCUGCACGAUCAUCUGCGAGCAGUUCUCGGACACCCUGCAGUCGCUGCGCAUCAACGCAACGAGUGCCUCGCGGUUCGGCGAACUCGUACGUGCAACGUCCCGCGGCGGCGACGUGCCCAUGCGCGAGCUACCGCUCUCUUACCUUUCGCGCCUGCCCCGCCUCUGGCGUCUCGAGAUCGAUCUCCCGGAGUCGGUCAUCUUCAGGGAGCGCGACAUCGCGCACAUUGCGCGCAUCUGCCCCAACAUCGAAAUCCUCCGGCUGUGCCCCGCCGCACGCUUCCCGCCGACUGGCCCCCCGCCGCCACUCACGCUCGAGAACAUCGUGCCGCUCACGCGCGACUGCCGACGGCUUCAUACACUCGGGGUCGUCGUGCACGCCGCCGAGCUGGAGAGUGACGAGGUGUACGGGACGCGCACGGUGUGCUCGCGCUCGCUGCUGCGCCUCCACGUCGGGCACUCGUGGGUGCGUAACCCGCUGCAGAGUGCGGUGCUUCUGAGCCACAUUGCGCCGUACUUGGACACGCUCAAGUACUUCAACGAGAAGAACCGCGCAGGGAUCGUGGAGGCGAAUGCUGUUGCGUGGCAGCGUGUCGCGGAGUUCCUGCCGCACAUCCAGCACAUCCGUCUGGCGGAGCGCAAGCUCCAGCCGCCGCCUGCGCCGUACGUGCCGCCCCCGAAGGCGGACAAGAGCGUCGACGCGACCGUGUCUACCUCUGAGGUGGGCGUGUCUGCAGUUCCUGAGGUCGCCGAGUUCGCCGUGCAGGCGGAGCUGGAGCUCGUCGACUUUGGCGUGCAGAUCGAGCCGGAGACGGCGGAGGUCUCCAUCGAUGCCACGCCCGUCUUCGUCGAGGUCGAGGUCAUGGCGGUCCCCGAGUUCUGCGAGCAGAGCAUCGACGCCGUCCCUGAGACCGAAGAAAAGGGCACGGAGCCCAUGUCCAUUGCGCUCUCCGACACCGCAUCCGAGAGCUCGGACGAGGGCAGCCGCCCCGAAAACACCAUGCCCGCCAUUUCCACGUUUAUCCCCUCCGUGGCACACGGCGUCGCCGACAUCACCUACCGCGUUGUGCGCUUCUACACCGCGCCCAUCCGCUUCAUGUUCUCCUUUAUGCCCUCUAUGCCGUUCAGCCUCUCACGGCUGACCCACAACCAUAUGCCCGCCUCCGACUAUGAACUCAAGUAUGCCCCCAACGGACAGGACAAGCGCGCGAUCGCCGACUCCGAGCCCGCCUACACGAACGGCACGGCACCCACGGCAACAGACGCCAUCAGCCCUGUUUGUCAAUAA